CCCGCUUUCCCAAUUAACAGCCCCGCACUAGGAGUCUCCUCCACUAGGACUUACAGUAUCUUCUGACAGUUCACUCCUGCUACAGCGUUCGCCAAAAUACAGGACAGUUCACCUCCAAUACUCUCGCCCUGCCACGGAAAUUGUCAGCAAUGGCUCGCGACGACGGCGACACCGGCGACGUUGAACUCUCCAUAGAAGAAACCAACGCCCUGCGCGUCAAACUCGGCCUGAAACCUUUAGCCGAAUCCAGAACCAGCGAAAGCCAGCAGGCGGCCGAACAGAAUUAUGCCAAACACCAGAAAGAGCUCGCCGAGAAGGCCGCGCGCAAGGGGCUGAUUGAGACGAUUGCGAAGGAGAAGGAGAAGGCUAAGCGGAAUGUCAAGCUGGAGGGGGCGACGUUGGGGGCUGCGUCGGACGACGAGGAUGCUGCGGGGGAUUCACUAAAAUGGGUGCUUCGACAGAGGGAGAAGGAGGAGAAGCGGAAGGCGAAGGCGAAGAAGAAGGCUGAGAUGCUGGCUCAGAAGCGGGAGAGCGAUUUAGCCGAGAUGGAUCGGUCUGCGGUGUCGGACUAUAAGGCGUCGGAUCUGAAGGGAUUGCGCGUGGACCAUGAUCUGGAGGAUGUCGCUGUCGGCGGUGAAACGAUUCUGACUUUGAAGGAUUCUACGAUCCUGGAGAAUGAAGAGGAGGGGGAUAUCCUUCAUAACGUAAAUAUAGCCGACGACACCAAAGGUCGCAAAAACGUCGAAAACAAGAAAAAGGGAAAGAAAGCUUACAACGUCUAUGACGACGAAGAGUUCCUCGACCCCGGGAAGAAGCGGAACCUCCUCUCUCAGUAUGACGAAGAGAUCGACGGCGAACCCGAGCGAGGGUUCGUGAUCAGCGAAAACGGGAUGGUGGAUGUGGAGACACGGAAAAAAGAAGUGGGCGAAAAGCUGCGGGCGGGCGCUAUCGCCCUGACGUACGAGAAGAAUCUGGAGAUCAAGGACUACUAUACCCAGGAGGAAAUGGUGGCAUUCAAGAAGCCAAAGAAGAAGAAGAAGUCGUCUCGUCGUGAAAGGCGGGCGGUGGAUGAGGAGGGUGAUGCGGUUGAGGGAGGGAACGCGCCGCGGGCGAAUGGGGAUGAUGCGAUGGAGGUGGACUUACCAACGGCGGGUGACAACGGGGAUGCAGGCAGCGCGUCACGGCCAAUAGAUUACAGCUUCAGCAACCGUAAUACGGACAUUGAUGCGGUGAACUUUGUGGAUGACGAUGACCUUCAGUCGGCGUUAGCGCGAUCCCGAAGACUGCAGAUGAAGAAGCGGAGCAAGCACGAUGUGGAGGCGAUUGCUGAUGCCGCACGUCAGAUAAAAGAAGAGGACGCACCAAUCGAGGGUGGGAUGGUCCUAUCCGCCACAUCGGAGUUUGUCCGCAAUCUGGCUACCGCGCCAGCACCUGUCGUCAAAGCGCCUGAACCUAUACGGCCGACGCCGGCGGUGAAGCAGGAAGCAAAGACGCACGAGAACGAUGUGGACCAGAUGGACGUUGACGAGGCUGACCAGGGCGAUGAGAAGGGAGGUUGGGAAAUGGACGAUGGAAGCAAAACGGAAGUGACAAUCAAGAAGGAGAAGGAUGAAGAGUCCGACGAUGGGGAGCUUAUGCCUGCGCCCCUCGAAGAAGAACCCUUAGUCGGCGCCGGUCUAGCAGCCACCAUUUCUCUCCUCACGCAAAAAGGCUUCGUCGAGAAAACCACCCCCGAAGAACUCGAGCGCCAACGCAAACAAGCCGAAAAGCUCCUCUUCCUCAACGAACAACGCAAAGCCGAUCGGCUCCGCGAGCUUCAACGCGAAAAGGAAAAACAACGCAACCGCGAACGCAACAACCAAGAAAAAGGUAAAAAUAACAACCACCGCGACGACGACGAUUGGUACCGCGAAGAACAAGAAGCGAUCGAAGCACGUAACGCCGAGCGGCGCCGCGCGCGCGAGAUCGAGGAGCGGUACAAGCUGUACAACCCGGACGUUGACCUGAAGUACCACGACGAGUAUGGCCGCGAGCUCAACCAGAAGGAGGCGUUCAGGCAGCUGAGUCAUAAGUUCCAUGGCAAGAAGAGCGGGAAGAUGAAGACGGAGAAGCGGUUGAGGAAGAUUGAGGAGGAGCUGAAGAUGGAGAAGAUGAGUAGUACGGAUACGCCGUUGGGGACGGCGGCGGCGUUGAGUGAGCGGACGAGGGCGGCGGGGGCCGCGCAUUUGGUGCUUAGUGUUGGGAAUCGGAGCGCACUCCCAGCAGACAUACCCCUCGCCUCCGCCAAACGCCCCAAACCCGCCAAACCAGCCACGAAACAACCGAAAGUCACAACCACGACCGUCAUCGACACCGAACGGAACGUGAACACGUUCAAUCGCGAGAAAGUCGCUUUCGGGCUCGGUGGGUCCGGGGCAGCACAGCAGGGUGGUUCGGCACCGUCGUCGGGGCCGUCGGCGGCGGGACAGGGACAGGGCGCGAAACGGAAGGGGAGUGAGGCGGAUGGUGGGGACGCGGAGGGGCCGGUUGCGAAGAAGGCGAGGGAGGAUCGUUGAGUUGCGAUGGAAGUCGUUGUUGGGACGCUUAUGGUGCGUUGGGAUGCAUCGUGCUCCUUCUGUUCCCAUCAUGCACUUGAUUCCUGUCUUGCACCCGGUUCUUGCAAAUGAGUUUGUUAGCGAUCUCCCAGGAAUAGAAACGAGAGCGUAGGCAAUAGUGUACAUACCCGCUUCCACAGCCUACUAUGCUUUGCCACCGAGUGACUUGAUGCAUCCUCCGCUCCUUUGGGAUGGCUUGAUGAACCCAGACUAGUGAACAUAGCAAUGAUAUUUAUAGAGGCCACAACCGUACAU